UGCAAACCCAUCCUACCCAACGCAAACCCACUCUCUGCAUUUGCAUGUCAAGCGACGACGACGUGCCCAUGGCCGACGCCGACGCCGACGCCGGCGAGGUCCUCGACGCCAUCGCCAUGAGCAACCACGCCUUUGACGCGCAGCACCACCCCGCCGUCGAGAGCGCCCUGGCCUCCGACGCGCAGCACCACCCCGCCGCCGAGAGCGCCCUGGCCUCCGACGCGCAGCACCACCCCGCCGCCGAGAGCGCCCUCGCAUCCGACGCGCACCACCACCUCGCCACCGAGAGCGCCCUGGCCUCCGACACCCAGCAGCACCCGGCCUCCAUCACGGCCACCGCGCCAGCCCAGGAAACGGUGCCGCCCGAGCUCCACCACCACUUCCUCCACCUGCGCGGGGAUGACGCCGCGGGGAGUUUCCUCGCGGCCGCGGUGAAGAGGGCCGAGGAAGCCAUCGCCGACGAGUACGACGCGAGGGCGAGGCUCCUGGAGGCCAGGUGCGAGGAGGCGGCCGCGGCGGUGCGGGCGGCGGAGCAGGACAUUAGCUGCCUCAUCGACGAGCUCGCCGAGCUAAGGAUCCUAUCUGACGAGAUCAUACCACAGUUGAACUGUGAGGAUCUGGAGGAGCAGAAUCAGAGGCUCAGAGCUGAACUGGACGCGACGACGAAAGAGCUCGAGUGGAAGAUGGACAAGAUUGCAGAAUUGCAGGAGCUGGAGAAGGGUGCUUUGGAAGUCAACACACUGGACAUGGCAGGUGGAGAGAGCAAGCUGGCUGACCAUGGUCUGGGGCUGCAUGAGCUGGAGAAGAACUCCCCUACACAUAAACAGGGUGCUUUUGAUGUCAGCACAUCGGAGUUGGGAGAUGGAGAAUGCAAGGUGGCUGAUCAUGCUCUCAUGCUGCAUGAAAACCACAAGCAAGAGAUGGAGGCUAUUCAUGCCAAGCUAAUUCAACUUGAGAGGCAACUGGAGCAAAGGGAUAAAGCCCUAGUGCUCAUCGCACGGCAGCUGAACAUGAAACUACAAGCAGGGGAGAUGCUCGCAGAGGAAGACCAUCAACGUCUUUUUGCAGUAAUGGCGUAUGUGAGAAAUAUUCUGGAUGAGGAAGGGAAAAGGAUGAAAGUUCCAUUGCUAGACCUCUUGAAAAGAGAGCAGGCCAACAGCAAAGAGCUCCAAGAGAAUCACCAAGAGUUGAUUCAGGGUUUUGAGAACAUACCGAUUAGUGGGGGUGCCGUUGUUGGAAUCAAAAGGAUGGGCCAACUUGAUGAAAAUCCUUUUCGCGCCGUAUGCAAUUUGAAAUACAGGGACAAUGAUCCAGAGGGAAAAGCUGCAAGGUUGGUCUCGUAUUGGCAGGAGAAAAUACAGAAGCCAUCAUGGCGUCCGUUUACUAAAAUUCAGGUCGAUGAAGAAGAUAAGGAGGUUAUAGAUGACAAUGAUCCAAGACUAAGCAAGCUGCGGUCUGAUUACGGCGACAGCAUCUGCAAUGCAGUGAAGGAUGGACUGAGAGAGCUCAACGAGUAUAGUUCUCGCGAGCGGCGCAUCAUGAAUGAGGUCUGGAACUUCCGCGAAGGGCGGAAGGCGACGAUGACAGAGAUGAUCACCUGCAUUUUGGAGCAGCUGGCAGUGGCGGACCCAGGAUUGCGAGGACAGGAAUUCAAGAUUCCCACAAAAAAAUAUUCAAAUUCAAUAUAACCGGGUAGGUACAGCUGUUUGGUUGUAUAACUGGAACGACAAUAGUUCAAUCAACUAACUAAAACACUUGAGAUAUCAUCCAAGUUGCUGACAUGUUGCUGUUACUUGGCUAAUGAUUUGCGCUUAUUUUCGCA